GUCUGCUGGCUGCGCUUCUGCUGGAUUUUGAUAUUGGCAGUAGGCGGAACAGAUUAGAAUGAGAUCGUUGAUGGACCAGCAGAUACUAAUAAAGUGCUAAACCUAACGUUAUAUAUUAAUAUUUUCAUUUUCUGAAAAUUAUUAGAUAUAUUUGUUUUUUGUGACACAUGCUACAAAUGAUUACAAAUGGGGGUUGGUUUGGAACAGUUGAUCUUCGUGGUUGCUGCGGUGCACUUGGUGUAUUGCCCAUUCACCAAGGUGGAAGAGAGUUUCAAUCUUCAAGCUAUGCAUGACAUCCUCUAUCAUAGGUUUAAUCUUUCAGAAUAUGACCACCACGAGUUUCCAGGGGUGGUCCCUCGCACAUUUAUCGGGCCAUUGGCCGUAUCUGCUCUUUCAUCACCUGUUUUCCUUAUCAUCAGUGCCCUUGGCUUCAACAAAUUCACUACUCAAUAUUUAGUGAGAGCAGUGCUGGGGGCCUGUGUUAUAUGGAGUCUACGCAAGUUUCGUAUGACGCUCCAGUACCUGUUCGGUCCUGAGCUUGCCUGUUGGUUCAUCAUCAUCACAGCCUCUCAGUACCACUUCAUGUUCUACCUCAGUCGUCCUCUUCCAAACAUCUUCGCCUUACCUCUUGUUCUGCUGGCACUUCACUGUUGGCUUCGGAAGCAGCAAACAGCAUUCAUCUGGGUGUCUGGAGCUGCUAUCAUCUGGUUCCGGUCAGAACUAGCCAUGUUUCUGGGCAUGAUCCUCUUGUUUGAAUUGUAUUAUCAGCGGAUAUACCCUUUAAGACUGAUAAAAGCAGCAGUGCCAGCCGGAGUGACUUGUCUUGCUGCAACAUUUGUCAUAGACUCUAUCUUCUGGCGACGGCUGCUCUGGCCUGAGGGAGAGGUCUUUUGGUUCAACACCAUUCUCAAUAGGAGUUCAGAGUGGGGAACUUCACCGUUUAUGUGGUACUUCUACUCUGCGAUCCCCCGAGGCCUUGGAUUAUCUGUUCUGUUGGUGCCCUUGGGGGCCUGCUUUGACGUGCGAAUACGAAGAUUACUCAUCCCCUCACUUGCUUUUGUCUUUCUCUUCUCGUUUCUCCCACAUAAGGAAUUACGUUUCAUCAUCUAUGUCUUCCCCAUCUUCAAUGUAGCAGCCGCUUUUGCUUGUCAAAAAAUAUGGUCUCUGAGCCAAAAGUCUCAGAUAGUGAGACUGUUGAGGUUGGCGAUCGUGGGUCACGUAGUGGCUAAUGCGGUGUUCUCCCUGUUCCUGUUGAGUGUGGCAGCUGUCAACUAUCCAGGUGGAAAAGCCAUUGCACGUCUGCAGCGGCUGGAGCCUGCCUUCGCUCCUGUUAACGUUCAUAUAUGCAACCUAGCUGCACAGACCGGUGUGUCACGCUUUACACAAAUCUAUGACGCCUGGAGUUACAACAAGACUGAGAACCUAGAACUAGGGAAUCCUGCACUGAUGAAUUUCACUCAUUUAUUGGUUGAAGCCAAAAGCAAAUACUCACCGAACAUAAAGUCUCUCCUUAGAACCCAUCAGGUAAUAGAUUCUGUGGAAGGCUUUUCCCAUAUAGCCUACAACUAUGCCUUGUUCCCUCCAAUUCGCAUCAAGACGAAACCCAUGUUAUUCAUCCUUAAACGGCUUCCAGGUGAUAGACCAUGGACGUCUGAGGACAUUGAAGUAGCUUCUGUAGCUAGCAAUGAGGAUGCGGAAGGAGAAGUGGAGUUUGAUGCACAGGUUGAAACAGCAGCUGUAGAAGAUGUUGAGGAUACAAUCAGUGACAGUUAUGCAGAGACUUUGGAAGUUACUAAAACAACAGAAGGUGUUGUAAGUAAAACUAAAAUGAAUGAUGAAGAGAAUGUACCAAAAUCUGAAACUACAGAGGAUAAAACUGAAACUAAAAUUGAAGAAGAAGAAUCCUAUUCGUGGAAUUCUUUUACACAGACAUUUGGAAGCAUACUUUCAGAUAGUAAUGAAGAUUUAGAAGACGAAGUUGUAAGUAUAGCUAGGAAGAGUUACAGUGAUAAUGAUGAUGGUGAUAGUAAUAUAUAUGAAAGCAAUGAAACAGAAGAUGAAGAUAGUACACAGGAUGAAGAAGUGAUAAGUGAAAAGGAGCAGAUUGAGGAUAAUGGACAAGUUGAUGUGAAUCAGCAGAUUGAACAAGAAUCCAUUAGUGAUAAAAAAAUGAUUAAAGAUCAUAAAGAAUCCAUCAUAAGAAGUGAAGAUUAUUCAAUGCCAAGUAAAACUGUAACAAGUGAAGAGGAAAAUGUAGCAAGUAAAGAUGAAAAUGUAACAAGCGAAGAUGAAAAUGUAACAAGUGAAGAUGAAAAUAUAACAAAUGAAGAUGAAAAUUUAACAAAUGAAGAUGAAAAUUUAACAAGUGAAGAUGAAAAUUUAACAAAUGAAGAUGAAAAUGUAACAAAUGAUACAGAAGAUGUCAAUAUAUCAAUAUUAUCUGUAGUUAAUAAUUCAGCUCCAGGGGAAAAUACUGACUAUGUUGAAGAACGUUACUCCUCUUCACUUCCUGAUAGUAAACCUAAAAAAUUCAAUUUAAAAAGAGAUAAAAGUAAAAUUAAUAUGAGAGCAAAUGAAGAAGAAAACAUAAAAAUAAAAAAGGUGAGGGAUGAUAUUAAAAAUAUAAUUAAAAAGUAUUACCAAGAAGAAGUUGAAGAUAUUGAACCAUUGAAGAAAUAUGAACCUAGGUUUGACAAAUUUAAACAAAAACACAAAAUAAAAGAAGAACCUGAGUUAAAUUCAAAAAAUAAAAUUGAAAAAUAUGAAGACUCAAGGGAUACAGAAGAUAUUACAAAUGUUGAUUUAGAGCCUCAUGUAGAAGUAUCUGAUGAUAUACAGUUAGAAUCCUCAAAGGUGGAAAAUGAUGAAGAAUUAUUUAAAGAUGUGAAAAUAUCUGAAGGGUUUAAACAAAAAAAACCUAUUUCCAAGGUUAAUAUUCGGUCAAAAAUUAGAGAAGCAAAAUCUAAAUUCGCAGCGAAAGACAGUUUUCAGAUUAAAAAAGAAAACUUUGUUGAAGAAAUAGAAGAGAUUGAAGUUCCUAAAGAAAAAGAAAUGAAAGCAUUUAGGAAAUUGAAGAAGAAAUCAAGAACUGAAGUACCAUCAGAAGAAGAUGUGCCUGAUGCUGAAGAUGUUACAGAUAAACCUAUAAAAACAGCAGAAGUUGACAUAGCUGAGACAAAAGAAGAGUCAACAGCCAAAGAAGUAAAGCAGAGUGAAAGUGUCAAACGAAGUAUUGAAGUUAAAAUUCCUUCAAAGGGUAUAAAAGUGAAGAUUACUGAUGGCAAUGUAAUUGAAAUUUUAGAAACUGAUUCUGAAGAGGCUAAUGAUGAUGUUAAGGUCAAAAUCACUGGAAUAGAAGAACAAACUACGAGUUUUUCAAAGUUGUCUUCUAAAAAGGAAACUUAUGAUGAAAUAGAGCCUGAGAUCGUUGCUGAACCGAAACCUGAUUUGAAAAAAGAAAACUCAGCCCAAACCCAACACAAACAACAAAAGAAAUUCAAAUCGAAGAAAAGCUAGGGAGUAAUUUAUGAAACUAGAAUAACAUGUUGCUGUUUCUUUGUCCAAACGCCUUUACAUAUCUCAGACUGUAUUGUUCUAUGGUAUUUAAGCUGGUAUAUUUAUUUUUAGAGAAACAAACAACAGUAACAAAGCCAACAUGAGUUUGGAUAUUUUUAGAAUAACUUGCAUUUAAAAAAUAUGUAAGAGAGUAAUUUCAGAAAGAUUCCUUUGUGGCUGAAGGAAUAGUGAAUUAUUAAAUUUGUCUUCUUUAUUUUUUUUCAAUGUCAGUGGCAUUCUGUAAUGUUUUACUUUGAAAAGGAAUAGUCAAAAUCCUUUGUAUGAAGUGAGUUAUGUUCAGAAUGGGAGUAAAUGGUGUAGUCGUAAUACUACUGUAAUGGCCUUGUUAUAUGGAUUAACAUUUAGGAAUUAAUUUUGGGAAUGAAUGCCUCUUUUGUGCAAAAAGUGUUUUUCUCAUAAAAUUAUAGUCUUCCACUUUAAUGAAGAUGACAGAUUUUCUAAACCAGGAUAAUAAUUUAUUCAUAGCAUACAGUGUUUUAAGUUCCAACAAAAUAGGAUUUAGUAACAAUGGAAUCACGUGGUAUGGUGUGGGUUGAAGAGUAACUGCAUGCAACAUAUGCCUGAGUCUCCUAGAGUUAACAUUUGUGUUAUAGAGAGCAAGUAGCGCAACCACAUGAUAGCUAAUAUUCAUUCAAAAUUAAUAAUCCACGGUUGCUGACAGACUCAGUUAUAGCUUCUUUCCAUUGCUCAUUUGCUUAUGUUCUCAAUAUUGAUAAACAUCAUUACAAUAGUUACAUUCAAUGUUAAAAUUUUGAACACAGUGCAUAACACAAUCAAAAUCAACAUCUCACUAUUAGGAACAACCUAUUUCUCCGUAUUCUCCUUUAACGUGACCAGUAGCUAACGAGUUAUUGUUACAGUUUACUGAAAGACUGUAAAUUCAUAUCUAAUCAUCUAUUGCAUUAUACAUUCUUAGUACAAUGUUGAACAAAUAAUUACAACCAUGAUUGGUGAUUAAAUUACGAUUUUUCCAUAUACAUGUUUAUGGAGUUUGUUCAAAUAAUUUUUUAAAAUUAUUUUAAUUUUUUAUUUGAAGUAAUUAAAGUUAAUACAUUUCUUCAUAAUACAGAUGAUAAAAAAAUUGAAUAAAAAAAACAAUGGAAUAACUUGUUUGUCCUUGAAGUAAAGAUGAAAGCUGAUAUAAAACAUGUAUUUUUUGAUAACAUUAUUACUUGACAUUGCAGCAUUAAAAAACAGUUAUUAUUCUGUGUACAUUAUGAAGAAUCACCAGCUAACAUCUUAUAUUUUAAACAUUUUUAAACUUAAUCAAUAUAUCCACAAAAUAUUAUUUAUAAUAAAGAUAAGAAAUUAAUAUGGAUAUCAUUUCUAAUAAUUGUAUAGAUAAUAAAAAGCUUUAACAUGUGAAUAAGAUAAAUAGAAAUGUUCAAAUACUUAAAGCUUUUUAGGGAUUUUAAAUUUAGCAAGAGCAUUUUGUGAAAAUUAAUUAUAUAUUCAUGUAGAAAAUACAAAAUAAAUAGCUUUUAAUGCAACAAAGGCAGAAAUAAAAUUAGUACAGUAAGAUACUUUAUAAUAAUUAGAUAUACAAGUAUUUUACCUUAAUUAAACUCAUCUAUACAUUUCUACUUUAUACAUUGUUUUGCUGUAGGUGCAGUGACAAUUUUGUAUGAGAUUAGGCAGAUGAAUUUAUAUUUUAUGAUAAGAUCUACAGAGUUUGUAUGAGAGCAUGUAUAUAAAAAUUUAUAUUUUGUACUGAUUUAUCUUUUCAUGUAAAAAUAUACUCGCUUAUCCAAGCAAGAAAUAUUAUAUUUAGAAAAUUUACUCAUAAAUAAGCAUUUAGAUACCUUUUUUUCAAUUUUAUAACCUGUAUUUCUUUGUCAUUGAAAUGUUUUGUUGGUUGCAACAAAUAAAGUAGAAUCUAUGUCCGAGUUUUAUUUAUUAAUUUCUUUGGUUUUAUAAUUAAUUUAAAAUGUAUGUACUGUUCUUCACUUAUUUUUUUCUGGGUUGUUAAUUAAACUAGUCUUAUGUGAUAAGUGUAUAUUUUGUAAAUAAGUAGGUUUUAUAUUAAUUUUGAGAAAAACUGGAAUUUAUUAUGCAUAUUUGUUUCUAUAAUACAAAUAUAUAUAGUCCUUAUAUAUGUUUGUACAUAUUGUACAUGUAGAGGGUAUUAAUGUUAAAAUGAUAUUGGUGUUAUUUGUUUAACAAAUGCUUGCAUUAUUUUUUAUGUUAAGUUUUGUGUUUUUAUAAGAUUUUUUGAAUCAGAAAAACCAUAUCAAAUUCCAUAAUGGAAUUUGUAUAAUAUAUUUAAACAUAUUUUAUGUUUCAUUUAACUAAUAAUUUCAUUAAAGUGACGAUUUUACAAUAUUUUUGUUUAUUCUAUUUUGUUAUGUGUAUUAUGUGUUGUAUUGUAUAAGACAACAUAUAAUAUAUAUUUCCUCCCUGUAUAAUGUAUUUGAUCUAAAUGAUGUACUUUAUUAAAAAAACUAACAAAUAGUGACCUUAAAAAUUUAUUUAAUUAUUAAGUAACCCCAUUUAUAUUUCCUUCAAAUUUGUUUAUGAAAAAUUAAGACUUGUAUUAAUGAUAAUGGGCGUUUUAAGUCUUGAUUUAGUAUCAGUAAAGAAGUUCAUUCUUAAUAUUCUUAUAUUAUAUUAUGUUUAUGUUAAUGAAUUUCAUAAUUAUAUCACUAAUCAGGCGUGGUAUGAACUGGAAGCAUGCAAUAUGGAUUGAAAAUAUUCAGUAUGCAAAUGUUGCAUGGUUUAUGCGUUUUUGAAGGUUCUAUUGCAAAACAUAACUAUUACCAUGAAUUUUACAUUAUUAAUGUGCUGAUUGUAUGAAAUAUAAUUGUAUGCCUUGGAGGAACAUCAAGGGGAUCUGUACUUAUGAAUGUUCUGCAAUGUUAUGAAUUUGGUUUAUUAGAAAUUUAGUACCACAACUACUUAUUGAGUUGAGACUGUAAGUUACAAUGAUCUCAGAAAAACUAAAGGACAGUCAGUUACAUUUUGUUUGCAAGAUGUACCAUACAUAUACAAAAAUAAAAGUUUUUAAUAAAA